AUGCUCUCCCGGACGCCCCAGAGCGUCGCGAUGCUCUCCCCAGCCGCCCCAGAGCGUCGCGAUGCUCUCCCCGGACGCCCUAGAGCGUCGCGAUGCUCUCCCCGGACGCCCCAGAGCGUCGCGAUGCUCUCCCCGGACGCCCCAGAGCGUCGCGAUGCUCUCCCCGGACGCCCCAGAGCGUCGCGAUGCUCUCCGCGGACGCCCCAGAGCGUCGCGAUGCUCUCCCCGGACGCCCCAGAGCUCGCGAUGCUCUCCCCGGACGCCCACCAGAGCAUCGCGAUGCUCUCCCCGGACGCCCCAGAGCGUCGCGAUGCUCUCCCCGGACGCCCCCAGAGUGUCGCGAUGCUCUCCCCGGACGCCCCAGAGCGUCGCGAUGCUCUCCCCGGACCGCCCCAGAGCGUUGCGAUGCUCUCCCCGGACGCCCCAGAGCAUCGCUAUGCUCUCCCCGGAGCCCCAGAGCGUCGCGAUGCUCUCCCCGGACGCCCCAGAGCGUCGCGAUGCUCUCCCCGGACGCCCCAGAGCGUCGCCUAUGCUCUCCCCGGACGCCCCAGAGUCGUCGCGUAUGCUUACCCGGACGCCCCAGAGCGUCGCGAUGCUCUCCCCGGACGCCCCAGAGCCGUCGCGAUGCUCUCCCCGGACGCCCCAGAGUGUCGCGAUGCUCUCCCCGGACGCCCCAGAGCGUCGCGAUGCUCUACCCGGACGCCCCAGAGCGUCGCGAUGCUCUCCACAGCCGCCCCAGAGCGUCGUGAUGCUCUCCCCGGACGGCCCAGAGCGUUGCGAUGCUCUCCCAGGACGCCCCCAGCCCAGAGCGUCGCGAUGCUCUCCCCGGACGCCCCAGAGCGUCGCGAUGCUCUCCCUGGACGCCCCAGAGCGUCGCGAUGCUCUCCCCGGACGCCCCAGAGCGUCGCGAUGCUCUCCCCGGACGCCCCAGAGCGUCGCGAUGCUCUCCCCGGACGCCCCAGCGCGUCGCGAUGCUCUCCCCGGACGCCCCAGAGCGUCGCGAUGCUCUCCCCGGACGCCCCAGAGCGUCGCUAUCUCUCCCCGGACGCCCCAGAGCGUCGCGAUGCUCUACCAGACGCCCCAGAGCGUCGCGAUGCUCUCCCGGGGACGCCCCAGAGCGUCGCGAUGCUCUCCCCGGACGCCCCAGAGCGUCGCGAUGCUCUCUAUCCGAACGCCCCAGAGCGUCGCGAUGCUCACCCGGACGCCCCAGAGCUUCGCGAUGCUCUUACCGGCUCCCCAGCACGUCGUGAUGCUCUCCCCGGAGGCCCCAGAGCGUCGCUGAUGCUCUCCCCGGAAGCCCCAGAGCGUCGCGAUGCUCUCCCCGGACGCCCCAGAGCGUCGCGAUGCUCUCCCCGGACGCCCCAGAGCAUCGCGAUGCUCUCAACCGGACGCCCAGAGCACGCGAUGCUCUCCCCGGACGCCGCAGAGCGUCGCGAUGCUCUCCCCGGACGCCCCAGAGCGUCGCGAUGCUCUCCCCGGACGCCCAGAGCGUCGCUAUGCUCUCCCCGGACGCCCCAGAGCGUCGCGAUGCUCUCCCCGGACGCCCCAGAGCGUCGCGAUGCAAUCCCCGGACGCCCCAGAGCGUCGCUAUGCUCUCCCGGACGCCCCAGAGCGUCGCGAUGCUCUACCCGGACGCCCCAGAGCGUCGCGAUGCUCUCCCCGGACGCCCCAGAGCGUCGCUAUGCUCUCCCGGACGCCCCAGAGCGUCGCGAUGCUCUCCCGGACGCCCAGAGCGUCGCUAUGCUCUCCCCGGACGCCCCAGAGCGUCGCGAUGCUCUCCCCAGACAUUCCAGAGCGUCGCGAUGCUCUCCCCGGACGCCCCUGAUUCGCGCGAUGCUCUCCCGAACGCCCCCAGAGCGUGCGAUGCUUCCCCGGACGCCCCAGAGCGUCGCGAUGCUCUCCCCGGACGCCCCAGAGCGUCGCGAGGCUCUACCGGACGCCCCAGAGCGUCGCGAUGCUUCCCCCAGCCGGCCCAGAGCGUCGUGA